AUGAAAGACUGGCAGAUGGACAGUAAGAAGGUUCUUCAUCGUACGUCCUCGCUGCUCCAGAACAAGUCCUUUACUGACGUCACCUUCAUCGUAGGCCCGACGACGGCGUCCAAAAAAUAUGUUGGCCACAAGGUCCUUCUGGCUAUGACGAGUCCCGUGUUCGAGUCUAUGUUUUAUGGAGACAUGGCGGACAAAGCUAAAGUCAUUCGAGUAGCAGAUAUUGCUCCAAUCGGGUUUGAAAACCUGCUCAGAUACGCUUACACAGAUGCUCUAAAUCUUGAAACAGUUGAAGAUGCUAUGCUAACAGCAACAGCUGCCAAGAAGUAUUUGCUGCCUCAUCUACUGCGAGAAUGUUUUAACUACAUUGAGAAAAACGUUUCACACACAACAGUAUGCCAGGUCUUGGAAUUUGCACUAAAUCUUGAAGCACACCAUCUAGUUUUUCAGUGCCUCAACAUUAUCGAUAGACAAUCAUAUCACGUGUUGACAUCGUCAAAUUUCCCACAAAUCAGCCUUACUAUUCUCGAGACCAUUGUGCAGCGAAAACAUCUUAAUAUUCACACAGAGAUUACUUUGUACAAUGCCCUGUUUCAAUGGGCCCAAGAGGAGGCUAAGCGGCGUAAUAUCGAACCUACUAUCGAUAACUUAAGGACUGUAAUGGAUACGACGCUACCGUACAUUCGCUUUCUUGCCAUGACAGCAGAGGAUUUCACCAAAGGACCAGCAAAAGCUGGACUUCUUUCUAAAGAGGAGUGUUUUCAUAUAUUCAUGAACCUAGCUGUGCCUGGUAUUACGUCUGUACCACGAGGAAUCUGUUCAGCUACUUCCAGGCGUACUUCUCCGCCAGAAUUUUACGUGUGUACCCGCUUCAAACCCGUGUCAUUUCACACUCCAAUUCGACCGUUACGAGUUUUUGGAGUUCGUUUUACUGUCACCAACAUGGAUGUCUUUGUCGUGGGGCUUGGCAUUUCCAUUAGGUUGGAUGUUGGGUAUUAUUCCGCUAAAAAACCGAGUUACGAUGGGUUACUUCGGUGCACAUGCAAGUUCCCGGAUGAACGUCUGGCUCGUGAAGAACUUAAAGUAAACUUUGUGCUUGCUAAGGAUAAAGAUGUAAAAAUUAAGUUUCGAAAACCACUCUUCGCUCGUAAAGGCGUGGAAUACGAAAUUGACCUCCAGACACGAUCAGCUGUAGCUCAAGAUAUUGUUGCACCCAAUAAUCGCAGCAGAAAGCACGAAGAAACAGCAGAGGGCGCUACCUUUCAAUUUUCCGCUUUCAAAAGAGGGCUCCAAAAUCAGAUGUCGGAAGUGAUGGAGUUCUCGGAAAUUCUGUUUUAUUAUUAA